AUGAAUCGCUUUCAUCCGCCUUCAGUACCCGCCCCCGGCACUAUUGGUUCCAUCGCCCCUGUCGUGGAAGCUCUCUCCCUCCUUCCAGACGAAUCCCCGAUCAUCGCCGCCCUUGCCCAAGUUCUUUCCCCACAUGCCCCCGAAACCCGACAAACAUCUGGUGCCGCCCGCCAAGCCAUAUUGGCUUUUCGCGGCUUUCAGCCCAACACCUCACCUAACUUUCAUGCACUCACUGUCCUCAGCAAGGUCGAUCUCGAAAUUCUCGCCUGGAUCUUUACCGUCUCCAAGAAUGGCCGCAAGGAUGACGUGGCCAGGCGCAUUCUUUCGAGCCUCGCUGCACCGGUUCGGUACCGCACCCCACCUCCGACUAGACGACCCCCCGCAUUGAGAAUCCUCGGGUCUGUCAUGAAUAGGACACCCGGCUCCGCCGCUGUUCCUCUCCACCCCCCCAUCGUUCCAAGAGCCAGCACAAGCGCAACAAAUUCGUCCCGCGGCAGCAGGAGUAACAUGCCAAACUUGUCCGGUACUAGGGGAAGUGGUCCCUCAUCGGGUGAGGUGCUGAUGCAGCACUUGCAGCAGCAGCUACAUGCCCGACAAUACACCUCCAGUAGCGUGGGUACUUCCUCAUCUAGUGCGUUCGGUCACACAGUGGGUACUGCGGGGGGGGCAAGGCAAAUGCGCUCGACAGCAUCACAGCACCGCAACAGGUUAAUGAAGAAUGCGGUUCUCGAACUAUUGCAAGGCUACGACUUUAGCGCCCCUGAGAAUCCGUUCAACAAACCGCUUAACAUACCUCUUGGUGUUGCGAAAAACUUUGUUGUGUUCAAUGCCAUGCAGUUGUCGAGGGGUACUAAUGACCCAGUACUGAUGUUUACUACUCCGCCGCCACUGCAUCCAAAUGUGAAGCCUGAGAUUUUAGGAGGGGAUGUUCAGAUUCAUCUAAGAUGUCUGAAAGUUGAGGUCGGUAAGCAAAAGACCGAGUGGAAACAAGCAUGGCCAUUUCCAGCCUCUUGUCGCGUCAAUUCUCACUCCGUGGUACUGAACCAGGCACAGCGAUACACAAACGGAAAGCUUGCUGGACUGGACACGGCAACCAACAUAACACCGUAUUUGCGGAGAUUUAAGGCGACGUCGAGCGACACGAAUCGCGUGGCGCUGCGAAGGCAGUCGAGCAAUGCUACUCCCGCAUCUGGCCAGUAUGUCAUGUUUGCCCAGGAGGUUCUGGUCGUGAACAGGGAUACGAUGGCAAAAACGGUUCACAUGGGAAGCGAGAAGUAUUGGAUAGACUAUAGGCAGACAAGGGAAAAGAAUGGGACUCUGUUUCCUUCAACAUCAAAAUUCGAAAUGGCGAGACAGGGAGUGAUGCAGUUUUUGACAGACCCAGAUGGUCUAACGGUGUCCUCAAUGAAGGUCUCAUUACGAUGCCCGCUUGCGCUUACGAGAAUAAUUACACCUGUGAAGGGAAGGCGAUGUCGGCACGUACAAUGUUUCGAUCUCAUGAAUUUUCUUGACUACUCUCGACGAAGCUCAAAGUUUGACUGCCCAGUUUGCAAUACAAAUACUGCGUAUCCUGAAAUGUUGGUGGUUUCGCCGUACAUAGAACAUGCUUUGGAAAAAUACAAUGACUGCGACGAAGUUGAAAUAUUCCAAGAUGGAACGAUGGUUCCCAUGGAACGGAAGCAAUCAGGCGUCGCCUCGGACGACGAAGAUGAAACUGAAACUGGCGCGCCAACGAAAAAUGCCCGUAGCAAUGGGAAAGCUGCGGAGAUCGUGGAUUUGACGUUGGAUAGUGACGAUGAUGAGACUGCUCCUGCGGAACAACCUGGUACGCCCCCAUUAAUUUCGAGAAGCGAGAUCGCUUCUCUGAUGCAUGCCGCACUGCCCAAUGCGACGACCGUUUCCACCGCGGGGACUAAGGACACUCGCAAUAUGGGACGCGCUCAAGACAUGCACGACGCCCUGAUGAGGCCGUCCGGGGAGGAGCAUGCACCAGAUGGAGUUGCAGAUGUUGACGAGGAACUGGAUUUCUCUUUUAGAGCCGAUUUCGCUCCUGUUUCAUGGGGGGACCCGUCAGUUGAAGACGAUAUUGGACAUGUUCGGCUACAGCCCAGUAACACUCCAGAUAACUGGCCUGUCGACGUGAUAGCUAUCGAUUCGGACUGAUACUGUUGUGAAGUUUUGUGCAGAAGUAUGUGUUCGUUUGGUAGUAGCCCACGCUGAUAUCGUGGAAGGUGGUAGGGGUGCCGAAUCUCGUCUCGGUAUGUUGCAGUCAUGGCUAGGAAUGUUAAGAUUAUUUUUCGUACAGAACCUGGAGAGCGACUGCGGUAGGGGCUUGAGACCCUCAGACCACUAUGUUCCAUCGCAACAGAAAUUGUAAAUUUGUACAAUGCUUGUAUGCAGACCGAGCAGUUAGAA